UCUCUCUCUCUCUCUCUCUCUCUCUCCUGCUGCUUCCAAUUAUGCGGUGGAUUCUAACCACUUCGAAUCUCUCUCUAACCAGUUGGAUUGUAAUUCCAUUCACUCUUUCUCACUCCACAAGACAUUGCCGCUGAUUAUAUUGUUCUGUUUUCUUUUUCGUUUGGGGUUUUAGAGAAUGGGUGGAGACCAUGGUCAUGUCGAUGGAGCUCAUGUUGAUUACAGGACCAAGGUGUGGAGCAUGACUGGAGGUCCUUACUGCAGGCCCAAGUACUGGAAGAGAAACACUGCCAUAGCCAUGGCUGGCAUCGUUCUCAUCUGUAUCCCCCUUGCCAUGAAAUCGGCCGAGCUCGAGCAACGCCCUCAUCAUCCUGUUCACCCGAUUCCAUCACAAAUGUGGUGCAAGAACUUUGGGAAUAAGGAAUACUGAAGUUGUAUUGUAUUUUUGGUUGAGAACACCUUUAUUAUACCCAUAGGAAAAGGCAACCUGUGCAUAUGCCUUUUCCUUAGGAGACACUAGGACUUUUAAAUGAUUCUAAACUUCCGACUUCACUAUUUUCUUCUUUCGUUUCUUGGGUCUGAUUUGAAGAAUCGAAAAUAGAAGGAAUCCAGCCAGAUUAUAGCAAGUUCCCGAGAAAGUUUUGUGGUGGAAUAUUCAACUCGUUCAAAUUUUAACGACGGUCUUAUGUACUCUGAUGGCUUGUGUGUGAUUAUUUUAAAAUUGUAUGGAUGGUUUUCAUUGUUCAGAUUUUAAACAUUUCAUUUUGUGUC